CGACCGUCACGCGGCGUCGCGGUCACAGCGCCCGGCGCAGCCCGGGAGGCGGCAGCAGCAGCAGCUCUGCGCUCGGGGACCCGCGGGCCGCCGCGCUCAUGCCGGGCCGCCGCCACUGACGCCGGGAGGUGCCUCUGCCCUCGCCGGGCUUCGCCGCUGCAGGAGGGACAGCUCAGGCCGCAGACAUGGCCGGCGCCUCGGUGAAGGUGGCCGUGCGCGUCCGCCCCUUCAAUUCCCGAGAAAUGAGCCGGGACUCCAAGUGCAUCAUUCAGAUGUCCGGCAGCACCACCACCAUCGUCAACCCCAAACAACCCAAGGAGACGCCCAAAAGCUUCAGCUUCGACUACUCCUACUGGUCGCACACCUCGCCGGAAGACAUCAACUACGCCUCGCAGAAGCAGGUGUACCGCGACAUCGGCGAGGAGAUGCUGCAGCACGCCUUCGAGGGCUACAACGUCUGCAUCUUCGCCUAUGGGCAGACGGGAGCUGGCAAGUCCUACACCAUGAUGGGCAAGCAGGAGAAGGACCAGCAGGGCAUCAUCCCGCAGCUCUGCGAGGACCUCUUCUCCCGGAUCAAUGACACGACCAACGGCAACAUGUCGUACUCCGUUGAGGUCAGCUACAUGGAGAUUUACUGCGAGCGCGUCCGUGAUCUCCUGAACCCCAAGAACAAGGGCAACCUGCGCGUCCGGGAGCACCCCCUCCUGGGGCCAUACGUGGAGGACCUGUCCAAGCUGGCCGUCACCUCCUACAACGACAUCCAGGACCUCAUGGACUCAGGGAACAAGGCCAGGACCGUGGCGGCCACGAACAUGAAUGAGACCAGCAGCCGCUCCCACGCCGUCUUCAACAUCAUCUUCACGCAGAAGCGGCACGACGCAGAGACCAACAUCACCACCGAGAAGGUGAGCAAAGUCAGCCUGGUGGACCUGGCGGGGAGCGAGCGGGCCGACUCCACCGGAGCCAAGGGCACACGCCUCAAGGAAGGAGCCAAUAUCAACAAGUCCCUGACCACGCUGGGGAAGGUCAUCUCUGCGCUGGCCGAGAUGGACUCCGGGCCCAACAAGAACAAGAAAAAGAAGAAGACAGAUUUCAUUCCAUACCGAGAUUCUGUGCUGACCUGGCUCCUCCGGGAAAACCUGGGUGGUAAUUCACGGACAGCAAUGGUGGCAGCCCUGAGCCCUGCAGACAUCAACUACGACGAGACCCUCAGCACACUGAGGUACGCGGACCGGGCCAAGCAGAUCCGCUGCAACGCCAUCAUCAACGAGGACCCCAACAACAAGCUGAUCCGCGAGCUGAAGGAUGAGGUGACGCGGCUGCGGGACCUGCUGUACGCCCAGGGUCUCGGUGACAUCACCGACACCAACACUGUGCCCGGAGGACCUAAAUACGCGUCCGACUUUGAGAACAAUAACCGAGCCCGCGGCGGGGCCGAGCCGGGUCAAGCCCCUGACACUCUCUCCACAGUGACCAACGCGCUGGUGGGCGUGAGCCCCUCGUCCUCACUGUCGGCCCUGUCCAGCCGCGCGGCCUCCGUGUCCAGCCUCCACGAGCGCAUCCUCUUCGCUCCGGGCAGCGAGGAGGCCAUCGAGCGGCUGAAGGAGACGGAGAAGAUCAUCGCUGAGCUGAAUGAGACCUGGGAGGAGAAGCUGCGGCGCACGGAGGCCAUCCGCAUGGAGAGGGAGGCGCUGCUGGCCGAGAUGGGUGUGGCCAUGAGGGAGGACGGUGGCACCCUGGGCGUGUUCUCUCCGAAAAAGACCCCACAUCUUGUCAACCUGAACGAGGACCCUCUGAUGUCCGAGUGUCUCCUCUACUACAUCAAGGACGGCAUCACACGAGUGGGCAGGGAGGACGGCGAGAGGCGGCAGGACAUCGUCCUGAGCGGGCACUUCAUCAAGGAGGAGCACUGCGUCUUCCGGAGCGACUCCAGGGGGGGCAGUGAAGCGGUGGUGACCCUGGAGCCCUGUGAGGGAGCAGACACAUACGUCAACGGCAAGAAAGUCACAGAGCCCAGCAUCCUGCGGUCAGGAAACCGCAUCAUCAUGGGGAAGAGCCACGUGUUCCGGUUCACCCACCCCGAGCAGGCGCGGCAGGAGCGGGAGCGCACCCCCUGCGCGGAGACGCCCGCCGAGCCCGUGGACUGGGCCUUCGCCCAGCGCGAGCUGCUGGAGAAGCAGGGCAUCGACAUGAAGCAGGAGAUGGAGCAGAGGCUGCAGGAGCUGGAGGACCAGUACCGGCGGGAGCGGGAGGAGGCCACCUACCUGCUGGAGCAGCAGAGGCUGGACUACGAGAGCAAGCUGGAGGCCCUGCAGAAGCAGAUGGACUCCCGGUACUACCCAGAGGUGAACGAGGAGGAGGAGGAGCCCGAGGACGAAGUCCAGUGGACGGAGAGGGAGUGUGAGCUGGCACUGUGGGCCUUCCGGAAGUGGAAGUGGUACCAGUUCACGUCCCUGCGGGACCUGCUGUGGGGCAACGCCAUCUUCCUCAAGGAGGCCAAUGCCAUCAGUGUGGAGCUCAAGAAGAAGGUCCAGUUCCAGUUUGUCCUCCUCACGGACACCCUGUACUCCCCGCUGCCCCCGGACCUGCUGCCCCCGGAGGCCGCCAAGGACCGAGAGGCCCGUCCCUUCCCCAGGACCAUCGUGGCCGUGGAGGUCCAGGACCAGAAGAACGGAGCCACGCACUACUGGACGCUGGAGAAGCUCAGGCAGCGCCUGGACCUGAUGCGGGAGAUGUAUGACCGGGCGGCAGAGGUGCCCUCCAGUGCCAUCGAGGACUGUGACAACGCGGUGACCGGCGGGGACCCCUUCUAUGACCGCUUCCCCUGGUUCCGGCUGGUGGGCAGUUCAGUCGUCUCUGGCUGCAACAGCUACCCUCUUCUCAACACAUGCAUGAGCGAGCGCAUGGCUGCUCUCACCCCCUCCCCCACCUUCUCGAGCCCCGACUCCGACGUCACCGAGCCUGCCGAGGAGCAGAGCGUGGGGGAGGAGGAGGAGGAGGAGGAGGACCUGGAGGAAGACGUCUUUGUGGAGCACGCGCUGUGCGACGGCCGGGACCCGUUUUACGACCGGCCCCCCCUGUUCAGUUUAGUGGGAAGGGCCUUCGUGUACCUCAGCAACCUGCUGUACCCCGUGCCCCUGGUGCACCGCGUGGCCAUCGUCAGCGAGAAGGGUGAGGUGAAGGGCUUCCUGCGCGUGGCGGUCCAGGCCAUCUCAGCCGACGAGGAGGCCCCCGACUAUGGCUCUGGCGUCCGCCAGUCAGGAACUGCCAAAAUCUCCUUCGACGACCAGCACUUUGAGAAGUUCCAGUCCGAGUCCUGCCCCGCGGCGGGGCUGUCGCGCUCGGGGACGUCGCAGGAGGAGCUGCGCAUCGUGGAGGGCCAGGGCCAGGGCGCCGACGCGGGCCCCUCGGCCGACGAGGUCAACAACAACACCUGCUCAGCGGUGCCUCCGGAAGGCCUCCUCCUGGACAGCCCGGACAAGGCCGCCCUGGACGGGCCCCCCGACGCCACCCCGGACCACCUGUGCCUGGGCAGCACCUUCACCUUCCGCGUGACCGUCCUGCAGGCGUCCAGCAUCUCCGCCGAGUACGCCGACAUCUUCUGCCAGUUCAACUUCAUCCACCGCCACGACGAGGCCUUCUCCACCGAGCCUCUGAAAAACACGGGCCGCGGGCCGCCGCUCGGCUUCUACCACGUCCAGAACAUCGCGGUGGAGGUGACCAAGUCGUUCGUCGAGUACAUCAGGAGCCAGCCCAUCGUCUUCGAGGUCUUUGGCCACUACCAGCAGCACCCAUUCCCGCCCCUCUGCAAGGACGUGCUCAGCCCCCUGAGGCCAUCGCGCCGCCAUUUUCCUCGAGUCAUGCCGCUGUCCAAGCCAGUGCCCGCCACCAAGCUCAGCACGCUGACGCGGCCCAGCCCCGGGCCCUGCCGCUGCAAGUACGAGCUGCUCGUCUACUUCGAGAUCUGCGAGCUGGAGGCCAACGGCGACUACAUCCCCGCCGUGGUGGACCACCGAGGUGGCAUGCCCUGCAUGGGGACCUUCCUGCUGCACCAGGGAAUCCAGAGACGCAUAACCGUGACGCUGCUGCACGAGACGGGCAGCCACAUCCGCUGGAAGGAAGUGCGAGAGCUGGUCGUGGGUCGCAUCCGAAACACCCCAGAAACUGACGAGUCUCUCAUUGAUCCCAAUAUCCUGUCCCUCAACGUUCUCUCGUCUGGAUAUGUCUGCCCCGCCCAGGACGACAGGCAGUUUCUUGAUUCGGACAUGCCUAGCGUUUCGUUUGGAAAUGACACUAGGACCUUUUACCAGUUCGAGGCUGCGUGGGACAGCUCCAUGCACAACUCCCUCCUGCUGAACCGGGUCACCCCUUACCGAGAGAAAAUCUACAUGACUCUUUCUGCUUACAUUGAGAUGGAGGGCUGCACCCAGCCGGCCGUGAUCUCCAAGGAUUUCUGCAUGGUCUUCCACUCCCGGGACGCCAAGCUGCCCGCCUCACGCUCCAUCCGCAACCUGUUCGGCAGCGGGAGCCUGCGGGCCUCGGAGAGCAACCGCGUGACGGGCGUGUACGAGCUGAGCCUGUGCCACGUGGCCGACGCGGGCAGCCCAGGGAUGCAGCGGCGCCGGCGGCGGGUGCUGGACACGUCGGUGGCCUAUGUCCGCGGGGAGGAGAACCUGGCGGGCUGGAGGCCCCGGAGCGACAGCCUCAUCCUGGACCACCAGUGGGAGCUGGAGAAGCUGAGUCUCCUGCAGGAGGUGGAGAAGACGAGGCACUACCUGCUCCUGCGGGAGAAGCUGGAGACCACCCAGCGGCCGGGGCCCGAGGUGCUGUCCCCCAUCUCCAGCGAGGACUCCGACUCCCGCAGCUCAUCCGGCGCCUCCUCCCCGCUCUCGGCCGAGGGCCGCCCGUCACCCCUGGAGGUGCCCACCGAGAGGCAGCGGCAGCUGGCCGUCAAGUGCCUGCGCCUCCUCACGCACACGUUCAACAGAGAGUACAGCCACAGCCACGUCUGCGUCAGCGCCAGCGAGAGCAAGCUCUCCGAGAUGUCUGUCACCCUGCUGCGGGACCCGUCCAUGUCCCCCCUCGGGGCGGCCACGAUCACCCCCUCCUCCACCUGCCCCUCUCUGGUUGAGGGGCGGUACAAUGCCACUGACCUGAGGACCCCCCAGCCCUGCUCCCGGCCGGCCAGCCCAGAGCCUGAGCCCCUGCCCGAGGUGGAAGCCAAGAAGCCCCCCUCCCCUGCCCGGGCCACAGAGGCGGACAAGGAGCCCCAGCGCCUGCUGGUGCCCGACAUCCAGGAGGUCCGCGUCAGCCCCAUCGUCUCCAAGAAGGGCUACCUGCACUUCCUGGAGCCGCACACGGCGGGCUGGGCCAAGCGCUUCGUGGUGGUGCGGCGGCCCUACGCCUACCUGUACAACAGCGACAGGGACGCCGUGGAGAGGUUUGUCCUCAACCUGUCCACCGCGCAGGUGGAGUACAGCGAGGACCAGCAGGCCAUGCUCACGACCCCCCACACGUUCGCCGUGUGCACGGAGCACCGCGGGAUCCUGCUGCAGGCGAGCAGCGACAAGGACAUGCACGACUGGCUGUACGCCUUCAACCCCCUCCUGGCAGGAACCAUUCGGUCCAAGCUCUCCAGAAGGAGGUCUGCCCAGACGCGGGUCUGAGCCGAGCCCCCCAGCUGGCGGCCACCAGGCCGGACCCCCUCCCCGUCCCGUUGUCCAUGGUGUCGUCCACUGCCCAGCCCUUCCCCCACCGCACAGCCGAGGCCGUCUCCGCCUCCCAGGCAUGCCCGCGGGGUGGCCCCAGAGCCCCGAGCCGAGGACCCCUCCUCUGGGCAGGGGCCCCACAGCCACACGACCGGCCGUGCUCACAGCAGAAGCUGCGCUGGGUGUCGUUUUUUAAAGCUCUGGGUAGAAAGAGUGGGAGUGCCUGGGAGGCCAAGGGCACAAGUCUCAUAUUUUUUUAAGGAUAGAUAGACUUAUAAUUAACGCACCUUUAGUUAGUGGUGUCCAAGCAGCCCAUCAGAAACUAACUGUGACCGUGUUCUAUUUAUAAGUAUUUAUUUCUAAUGCCUUCACAUGGACCCGGAAGAUCCCCUUGUUACCACGCUUCUUCCAAGCCGCUUAGAGAAAGCCAGGGUGGGGGCCGCAGCCGGACAGACCACGGGGGGUGGGAGGCGUCGGGGUGAGCCGGGACCUGCUGCCCACGGUGUCCGCCCCGUGGCUGUGCCCGAGAACACGGCUGCCCGGGUCCCUGCCGCACGGGGCAGACCCUCACCACGGGGAGAGGGGGCGGCUGGGGGGCUCCGACGCCGGUGGUCCGAGCAGCGCGGGAGAAGGUGUGCGCUGCUUCUGGUGGGAGCUGGGCCGCUGUCACCUGCACAGCCGCCGGGGAAGCGGGGAGGGCGGCCGGGAGCGUCUCCGGGCAGGGCCGGCGGGGCCUGGGCUCAGCAGGAGUCAGCAGCAGGUGGAAGGAGGUGGGGUUCAGAGGCCAGAGCCCCCAGUGGCAGGGAGACGGUCGGGGCUGGAGGGUCUCGGGUGCAGCCUGUCAGCUGCUGGGGGUGGGGAAGGGGUGACUCAGUGCGCGCAGGGUAGCUGCCGAGAAGCCUGUCAUUGUCACACGUACAAAAAUCUUCCACCUGCCCCUGCCCCAAGGAAGGAGCGUGCGCGUCCAAAGGAGGAAAUUCCACCCGGUGGGCAGGGAGUGGGGGGUCCUGGUCGGGCAGGGAGGCAGCCCACUGUCACCCAGGUCACUUCCCUCGCUCUGGUCCCCAGCCCUCAGUAUUCACCCACCCCCUCGCAGACCCCAGGAGGGCCCGGGGAGCCCCCAGACCCAGGGCCUGGUCAGAGAGCCCCGGGUCCUGGGAGCCCUUGAGGGGCCAGUGUUUGGAGUUUCCGGCUCCCGUGCACCCACCCGCCCCCGGGGCAGAGCCGGCACGGCACAGGGAGGGUGGCCACCCCAGCAGCGCUUGCUCCCGGGAUCCCUGUCUUAGGCUGGGCCUGUUUGUCCCUAAUCAGAGGUUCUAAGGGCCCCCAGCCCUGGCCACCCACGGGCCCCCGACAGGCGCAGACACCCUCCCGCUCUGGACCCCGAGGCUGGGUCGGCUCAGCUUCCGAGUGAUGGGACACCUGGUUGUGGGCUCAGGAGUCCAGAGGCGGCUUCCGGCUCUCCUUUGGGCUCUGGGUUUUCUCUUGGGAAGGUGGGUCCGGCCCUUUGGGGUGCCCUGGGCAGCAGGCGCAGGUGGGCACUCUCUUCCUGCAGUGGGACUGGUGACACCUCCCGUCGGCACAAAUCGGGUCUUUGGAGACCGUGUGGGUGGGGCGCAGCGCUCAGCAGCUGGCCUUGGGGACCUCCCCGGGGCAGCGCACGUCCAGGAAGGAAACGAAACGGCUGGUUGGGAGGUUCCCUGGAGGGAGGAGCCUGGGAGGCAGAGAACGGGGGUGACAGCGAGCCCCUGGGGACAAGCACUGGCCUGGGCCUGGGGCUUAGGGAGGAGGAAGCAGCAGAGCACGUUGUUCAGAGUCCGUGGCCCCUGAGCACCCCUUCCCGGGAAGGAAGAGGGGGCCCGGCGCCCGCUCAGGUCAGCCAGCCUGAAGCCUCGGCGCCACGGGCCGGAGUUGCCCCACAGGACACGGGGUCUGCAGCCAGCCAGCCUGCAGGGAGCCCGCGGUCAGGGUGGGGUGGGGGAGACCCACUCGAGGGGUUCUGGGGGUCACCCUGGAUUCCGAAGUCUCUGCGCCAUGGGUGGUCCCACAAUGGUGGUGUUUCAACCCAGCACCUUCUUAACGUUGGUUAGGAGCUGGGGGACCCACGUGGCCCCUGUUUGCUUCCUCCCAGGCCUGCUCCUCAGGGAGCUUCUGAGUUAGCCGGAACCCCAGGGGUGCUGGCUGGAGAGACCUGCAGGCUGGGAGCUGGAGUUACUGCCCAAGGCCGCUCGUGGGUGGUGUUUAGCUGAGGCGGUUCAGUGACGUCCCUGGGACUCGGUUUCCACAUCUGUGACACGGGAGGGCCAGUCUGAAGGAAGCUAAUUCUGCUCAGUGGGGAAGUGAGGACACCCCGAGUGCAUCUCAUUUUUGUGUGAAUGUGUGACACUGCCUGGCUGGAGCCCCAUGUGGUUGAGGAGUGGCCCCCAUCUGGGGUGGGUGAGCACCGUCCCCCGUGGCCCUGGGCGGGGGGUGCUGGGCUCCAGGCAGAUGCCCCCUCGGGCUCUGGUGGUGCCAAGGGGUCAGCGCUGACUCUCCCCUGCCCUGAGCCCCAGGCCCCUCUCUGAGACUCACUCAAGAGAUGCCAACCUCCAACCAACCCCAUCCACACACACCCCACCCAGGACCACUAGAGCAAAUGGCCCUCCCCACCAAGCCCCCGCAGUCCCCUCCACAGGGGCCAGCGCUUCAGGGCCCCUGACUGUCACCGAUGUUCCAGGCGUGAGCAGGGUGGGGGCCUCUGCUCUCAGGGACCCCGGGAAGCAAGCCCCUGGGGCCCGCGCCCUCUGGCUCGUCCGUCCUGCGUUCUCCCGCGGCCCCCACCUGCGCGGGGCUGCACCCCUGCCUAUGUACAUGCGUGAUGCUGUGGGUGUGCCCCGCACCCUGUACCCCCGUCCUGACGUCCGAGUCGAGUUCCCCGAGUCCCCCGCUGCGUUAGGCUGUAGGUGCCCGUACUGUCUGUGUGCCCCUAAGGCUCUGUCCACUGAGGAAAUAAACGUGGCUCUUAUGCAACA